UUCAGAUGACCCACUUUCAUCGUGACCUCUGAAAGGAAGGCUCAGUUUUCCGAUCAAAUUGUCACAUGUUGAAGAAAACAGCAGUAUUGUAAUGUUUACUGUUUUACUAUACUGUGUAUAUGUAGCAGCGACCAAGAAUAACAUACAAACCGAUCAGCAGGUUGCUGCUAGCGUCCCUGGUGACAUUAUCCUAGGGGGUUUGUUUCCUGUCCAUACGAAAGGCGACAAAACACCAUGUGGCUCACAAAUAUAUCAUCGAGGUGUUCAACGCCUGGAAGCUAUGAUGUUUGCCAUCGACAAUAUUAACAAAGAUCCCAACAUUCUACCAAACGUGACCCUUGGAGUUCACAUUCUGGAUACUUGCUCACGUGAUACUUAUGCGCUUAAUCAGAGCCUGCAGUUCGUUAGGGCCUCGCUCAAUAACAUCGACACAUCAUCCUUCGAAUGCGCAGAUCAUUCGAUGCCAGUGCCACGUAACAAUUACUCUGGUCCAGUGUUCGGAGUAGUAGGAGGAUCCUACAGUUCUGUAUCUCUCCAAGUGGCUAACCUUCUGGGACUAUUUCACAUACCUCAGAUAUCCCCAGCCUCGACAGCUAAGGCACUAAGCGACAAAACUAGAUUUAAAUAUUUCGCCCGCACAGUUCCUCCUGACACUUUUCAGUCGAGUGCUUUAGUCGACAUUGUCAAAAGUGUCAAUUGGUCCUAUGUAUCGACGAUCUAUUCAGAAGGAUCCUACGGGGAAUAUGGAAUUGAAGUGUUCCACAGGGAGGCACAAGAACGUAAUGUCUGCAUAGCCACUGCUGAGAAAGUGCCCAGUGCCGCAGACGACAAAGAGUUCGACAACAUUAUUUUAAAAUUGAAAAAGAAAAUAAACGCUAGAGGUGUCGUGCUGUUUACAAGAGCUGAGGAUGCUAGGUAA